GUACAUCCAUACAGUCCAUUAGUUCUCCAUUCCCUCCCCAGGCUCACACGCUCCAGAGCCUCUCAACGGGACGGCGAACACAACAUCCAGGACAGCUCCUGCCGUCUGACCCUCACCCUGAAACAUGGCCUUCGUCCUAACCUUAGCGGUGCUGCUCAGUGUUACAGGCUGUGCGGAGCUGAUCACCGUCACCUCGCCCCAGAGGUACGUGAACGUGACGGUGGGAGGGUCGCUCCUUCUCCAGUGCUCCUUCAUCAGCACCACCAAGGAGACCACCAACCUCGUCGUCAUGUGGAACUUCGUGGAGAAAUCCUCCAGCAGCCUCAAGCAGAUCUACUACUCCCAGGCGGAUCAGGACGUGGUCCCCCCGGAGUACAAGGGGCGCCUCUCCCUGCCCCCCUCCCACGGCACCGGCGGAAACGUCUCCAUCGGCAUCAGCAACAUGCAGACGGCCGACUCCGGACUCUACACCUGCGAGGUCCGCAACUCCCCCGACAUCGGCGGCAAAACGGAGGCCAGCAUCGUCGUUCAAGUGCUCGAGCCCCCGUCGGCCCCAUUCUGCGCCGUGCACGGAGACGUGGCCGUGGGCCACCUGGUGACCCUCACCUGCCACAGCGAGAAGGGCAGCCCCCCCCCCACCUACACCUGGGUCAGGCUGGACCAGGCCCGGGCCCGGCAGCCCAUCAUGGCUCGAGUGACUCCGACUGGAAUCCUGGAGAUCCGGAACAUCUCUGAGUUCAAGUUCGGGGAGUACCAGUGUACCUCCACCAACGCCGUGGGCACCUCCACCUGCAUGGUGGAGCUCAGCCAGGAGGCGGAGGACGGGGUGAUCGCGGGCGCGGUGAUCGGCGCUCUGUUGGGCUGCCUGCUGAUCGCCCUGGUGGUCUGGUUCAUCGCCCACCAGGUCAAGAAGCACCGCUACGCUGCCGUCAAGACCCCGGCCGCCGAGAUGAAGGGGAGUAGUCGUCCGCCUCCUGCGACGUCAGCCGUUUCUAUGGAGAUGUCGUCUCCCAGCCACGACAGUACCCAUGGUGAUGAUGACGAGGCGCGCGCUUGAAGCCCCCCGGUACCAAACCUCGCGGGGACGUGCAACACCGUGGUUGUUUCUACAGGCACUGAUGCAUCGGGGUUAUUGUUUCUGUUUUUUUGUACGUGUUUUUAGUUUAACAGUAAUGAGUUUUUCCUGUGAUUCGACAAUAUUUGAAGAGAAGCCAAUGUCGGUGUCUUAACAUUUAUUUUGCAUUUACUUCCAUGUAAAAUGAUUUAGGCCUACAAUUAUUUUCUAUUCCGUGUCCAAAAUUUGGCCUUCAUUUACAUUUAUAAAUGUUGUCCUAUUUGCAUGUGCAUAGUAAAUGUUAGUUCGACGGAUGAGGCCUAAAUGAGAAUAUGAAUCAACAUUCCUCCACUUAGUGUCCACGUGACAUAACCUCGCAGUCAGCUUUGAACUUAUGACAGCGCGUCGGACGACCACGUGGGCUGCUUUUACAACCGAUAACCGCAGAAUGAGAUAAGAUGAUGAACGUUAAGGUCCCAUGAUAAGAUGAUAAGACGUUAAGGUCCCUGCACGGCAGCUUCAGCGACACAACUCUGUUUCACAUGUUUAGUAAGAUGAAAGUGAACAGCGAACGCAAACAAACUGCAGUCAGGCCCAUAUUAACGCUUUUAACGUUAAUCUUUAAGCCAACCAGUCCGAGUCGGAAUGGUACUUAAGGUCUUUAGUUGUUGUAGCAACGGAGUGCAUUCUGAGCAAAGGUGCGUCUCUACUCUUGUUGCAUCACCGCGCGCUGACGACUCCCGUAGGACCCCUUGGAGAUCGGGUCCAACAGGUCAUCCGUCACGGGACGCCGCCGAUCACCUGACGCGUUGGUUGAAAUCUUUAGUUCCAGAAGCUGUUGAGGGAUCAUCUGAAGAACGGCUCUCUGUGCGGUUAAUCUUUUCUUUCUUCAAGCGGCGUCCUGACGCUUUUAAAUACCCGUUGUAAACGUAUUGCUUGUUUUGGAUUAUUUUUUUUGAUAAUAAUAAAAUUCCUCAUGCUCAC